CUCGGAGUACAACCGUUGAUAGGAGAACACGCUACAAAAGAACGAGUCCUAGCAGAACUCAAACGGGGUGUCUCGGUCAUUCACUUUGCUGCACAUGGAUGCGAGGAAAACGGACAGAUCUUUCUUGCUCCUUCUCAACCUUCAACAACAAACAACAUUCCAGAGGAGAAAGACUACAUCUUGACUAUGAAGGAAGCACAAGACAGUAGAAUUCGUGCUCAACUCGUUGUGUUGAGCUGCUGCCACACUGGUCGGGGUGAGAUCAAAUCAGAGGGAGUCGUAGGAAUGACUCGAGCAUUUCUUGCUGCAGGAGCCCGUUCAGUUGUAGCAUCAUUGUGGGCCAUUGCUGAUGAAGCUACUAUGUUAUUUAUGGUGAAAUUCUAUUCUCAUCUCAAGAAUGGAGAGAGUGCAAGUAGGAGCCUACAGCAAGCAAUGAAGGAGAUGAGAGAAACAGAGAAAUACAAAGAGCCAAAAUACUGGGCUGCCUUCUUUCUUAUUGGAGACGAUGUUUUACCAUCACUGUGUAAUUAAUGAAUUUCACAAUCC